AUGGAUGCUGCACAGGAUAUGUCCUGGUACAAACCUGUGAACAUUCAAGAAGUCACCGAGGAGAAAAUAACGAAGAGUAACCUGUCUCCCGCUGGAAAACAACGCUUAAGGGAGAUACUAUCAAAAGCAGACAUAGCCCGGUUCAAAAACGACUGUGGUGACCUGGGGGAUAAAUAUGUGUACACCAUUGAAGGAGGGGUGCACCCCCCCGUGCGCCAGUACCCGCUGAACCCAGCCGCAAUAGAAGAAAUGAGCACGAUAGUAAAAGAGUUGGUGGCAUUGAAAGUGAUCAGGGAAGAAGCAAACCCUAUCACAAAUAGCCCGAUACAGGCUGUGAAGAAACCUGAAGCAGCAGGGGGAGGGUGGAGGCCCGUGGUGAACUUUAAAGCAUUGAAUCGGAGAACGAUAGCAGAUAGAGCCAGUCUGAUUAAUCCUCAGGCAACGUUGAAGACUUUGAAACUGAGGAAGUGUAAGUCUUGUAUUGAUCUGGCGAAUGGUUAUUUCUCUGUGAGAUUGGCAAAAGCAUCACAGGCAAAGACGGCCUUCACUCACAAAGGAAAAAGUUAUGUAUGGCUGAAAAUGGCACAGGGUCUGAAGACAGCCCCGGCCUUCUUCAGCAGAACAAUCAUGGAGAUUCUAUCGGGCAUGGACGCGGCUGUCUACAUUGACGACGUUAUGAUCUGUGAUGACACAGAGGAACAGCAUCUACAACAUCUGGAAGCUGUGAUUGACAAAUUGACGGCAGCAGGGUUAAAACUGAAUCUGAAGAAAUGUCAACUCGGGCAAUUCAAUGUGAAUUAUCUUGGAUUUGAGGUGGCUUCAGAUUUGGGCCUAUCAGACUGUUUUCGUGAGAAAGUGGACAAUAUAAGGCCUCCCAGAACAAUGAAUCAACUGCAGAAAAUACUGGGAUUGCUGAAUUAUGUGAGAGAUCAUGUGCCUGGUUAUCAGAAGCACGCUAAACCACUUUAUGACAAACUGAAGAAACAGCAGAAGCCAGCAGCGUGGCAGUGGACCGAAAUAGAUCAGAGGAAGUUGACCCUGCUACAGGAUGCGGUGAGAAAUGCUGUGAGACUGGAGCCACGCAGCACCACAGAGAAACUCUUGGUGCAGGUUUUCUGUGAAGAAGAUGAUGCAAUGGUGAAAGUCUGGAAUGAUAAUGGAGGGCUGGUGUCCCUCUGGAGCUACACAUUGUCACCAGUAGAGCACAAAUACCCACCAGAAGAGAGAGAACUCGCGGUGCUUGCUCGUUACUGGGCAGGACUGAAGGAUCUUGCACAGGGACAGGUGAUAAAAGUGAUAACACAAAGUCAAGUGCAUAGAUUCUUAAGAAAAGCCACAGUGGAGAGCACACGCGCGACCAACGCAAGAUGGGGCCGAUGGGAAGACAUGCUGUUAGAUCCCGACCUGGAGAUUGGGCCAGAGGAGCCGCUAAAAAAGCCCAGGCAAGAGAAGGAGGCCCCACAGCUAGUAUAUGAAUGGAUAUUAUACACCGAUGGGUCCAAAAAAGGACCAGACCAGACGGCGUUUGGGGGUACAUCCUGA